CCCCAAAUCCCCCACCCGAUGCACUUGCCUGCCUCUCCCUGCACCAAGGCACAAGUGCUGUGCCCAGCCCCUCUGUCCCAUCAUCAGAGGCUGGAUCUGGUGUCCAGGGUGCCAUCGCAGGAGCACAUCCCAGUCUCCACAAACCCCUGGAUGACAGCCUGGGAAGAGGGCACUGGUCUGAGCAUCAGAAGCUGGGCAGGAGAGUGUGGAGUGCUCAGGGAUGCACUCUGGGCUGAUCCAGUGGGGAACCCUGAGACACCCUCCUCCUUGAGAGCCUCCAUCAGGCACAGAAUGUGACUGAUCCCAACGGCCAAGUACUCCACUCCACGCGUUUCAGCCCCAGUUAGUGGAGCCCAGCAGGUGAACAGCGCUGCCACGACGCCCUCCUCACAAACAGGGUGUUUGGGGAGCAUCAGCAGGGUUUGGGGAUCAUCCUGCCUGGAGGAGCAGGCACACCCCCUCCUGCUGCCAAGGGCUCAAUGAGGAGCAGAGGGAAGCUGAAACCCCUCCAGCUUCCCCUGGGGGAGUGCAAAUGAGUUUGUGUUAAUUGGGAGCAGCUGGAAUGGAGCCACAUCCCACCCCCGGAAACCAGAUAAAAGCCAGGGCUUGGGUAGGCCUUGCUGCUCUCUUCUCCUGGGGUGCUGCCAGGUAAGGGGUGCUGGAUUGGUGAGCUUGGCCCUCCUUGGGGAGGUUACUGGGAACAAGGUGGGUGUUUGGGGCAGAGAAUAAGAUAAUGUCUUGAGCCCAGGGCUGGUUACAACCCUGUGCUGCUCUGGGAGCUUCCCAGGAGAUGCUGAGGCUUGGCACAGGCUUUCCUGAGCCAGGAGGCUGCUGGAGAGAAGGGAGGUGUUCUAAGAAGGAGCUCUGGAGAUGGGCCAGUCACUGGGGUGUGCUGUGGUGGGGAGCUGGAGGGACCCACCCUAAACCCCCUGCUGUCCCUCUCCACAGCUCAGCUCUCCCAAGAUGAGCCGAGGGGUUGGACCACCAGACCCCCUGGACACUGCUGCCCUGCAGCCAGAAACAAUGCUCUGUGGUGAGAGGGAAGGGGCUGUGGGCACAGCUCUGUGCCCUGCUGCCCGUGUGGCUGUCCCUGCCAGCAGGCUGUGGUGCAGAGCCUUCCUGGUGCUGGCCGUGUGUGUGUGUGCUACUGCUGUCCCCUACGGCCUGGGCACCCUGGCUGCUGUCACCUGGAGUCCCCUGGGCUCAUCAGCCCCCCAGCAAGGGAUGGGUGACAGUCUGGUGACAGCAUGUGGGGACCUCCUCACCUCAGGUUGCUUCCCAGGGGUCCAAGGAGAUGUGACCCAUGGGACAGGUGCUGGGGGAUGGAGCCUGGGGACACGGACUGCGGCCACACAGACAUCUCGGACCUCCCUGCAGCAGCAGCCUGGCUCUAGGGACAGGGAAGGGCUCAGGUUGGGCACAGCAGCGGCUGUGAUGCUGUCCCCCACACAGUGGCUUGGCAAAAGGGUGCCUGCUACCUCAACUCAGCUCUUCCAGACUGACGGUGUCCCCAGUCCUGGCUCCUGGCAUCCCCUUGCUCUGGGAGGCCUCCGUGGAGCAGGACCAGGCUCUCGUGACACCACGCAGACGUCAGCAGUGACUUCAGCUGGUGGCCUGGGGCAGCCAGCGGGCACAGCAGAGCCCCAGAGCCCGCAGAGGGAGUCUGAGGGCACCUCCAGAACUUGGAAUGAGCCAGCUGCUGGGGUCUCUGCCACCUCCCAGGUAUGGCUGCACCCUCCUUCCUUCCCCACAGCUGCCCCUGGCCCCUCUGCAGAGGUGCAGGUGGCACCCAACCAGCUGGUGCCGCUCCAAGGGGCUGCUGGGGGGGCUCAGGUCCCACCCGAUGUCCCAGCACGGACACUGAUGGAUGCUCACUCCUGGAGCCCCAGCACAGCAGAGCAGGUGGUGGCCUCUGCUCUGCCAACGCAAGGGACACUCAGCUCGGCCGACCCUGGCACAGUGUGGGUGCCCCCUGCCCUGACACCUGAGGAGCUCUGGGGCACUGCCGGCACCGUCCUGCCUGGGAAAGCGGCCCUGUUGGUGGACGCUGCGUUGGCCCAGGUUCCAGGAAACGGGUCUGGACUCCUGGAUGCAGUCCUGGCAUCACUUCCUACCAGUGCCACGGCUCCUGGUGUCCACGAUCAGCACGUGCUGGCUUCCUUCCUUCCCCCAGCGGAGUCUGGGGGUUCUGCUGUCACCUCGGGGAUGCAGAGUGACCUGCCUUCUCCCCCGGCACAGCCGAUGUCCACCGAAGCCACCCCAGCUCAGACCGGGCCUCCCAGCCCUGCGGGUCCCGCCGCGACAGGGAUGAGCUCCACAGCCACUGGUGUCAUCCCAGAGCUUGGGCAGGUGUUUGUGAUGGAAGAAUCCAGGCACAGCAAGCCCAGGACAGCAUCACUGGGACCCACUCCCACUCCCUCUCCAGGAGGACCUCCAGGGCCCACCCCUGCCAGCCCAGCCUCUGUGCCUCCCCCCUGCUCCACAAACCCGGCUCUGGAGCUUGGCUCUGAGCCUGGGCACCACACUGCCACCACCAGCGGGACAUCUCCAUCCUUCCUGCCGACUUCUGGAGCUGGGCAUGCAGCCAGCUCCCUGCUCAGCUCCCAGACCCUGGCUGUGCCCACAGGAGUGACCCUCGAUGCCCACAUCGUGUCCAGUGGCUCCAUCACUUCCCAGCACUCCUCCACAGCCAUGGAGCAUCUCCCUGCCACCAUCAGAGAGGCCUUCAGCCCAGCUGAGCUGGUGGUGAAGGGCAAACCUGGCUGCACAGGGACGAAACCCCCUGCAUCCCACCCCUCCAGCCUCCCCUUUCCCACACAGCCUGUGCAUGUGCUGCCCUUGCAGUUCCGGCUGCUGGGCAUCGCUUACACCCCGGCUCUGGGCAGCAGGAAUUCGGAUGGCUACCGGAAACUGGAGGGAGACGUGAGACUGAUGCUAAACCAGAUGCUGUCCAGCUACGAGACCUUCCUGCAGGCAAAUGUCCUUGAGUUCAUGAAUGGCUCAGUGGUGGUGCGAGGGGAGGCUCUAUUCCGGGGGGAUGCUCCUGCUCCCACCAACUCCCACCUCAUCCGGACAGUAGUCACAGAGGCAAGCAAGGGAAGGAGCAUCUUCAGCUGGCAGCUGGAGCCCCAGUCUGUCCAGUCCGGUGGCUUCAGCCUGGACAACCUGGACCCGGAGAAGCUGUCCAUCUCCUUUGCUGGCUCCCAGCUUGGGAUGAGCAGGAUGGAUCCUCUGGAGAGGCUGGUCAGUGAGGUAACUUCAUCUAUCAGUCCCCUCUACCACGUGAGGAACUUCACCAUCUCCCAGCUCAGGAACCUCGAUGGGAACAUGCAGAUCACUGGAGACCUCUACCUAGACACGGUUGUCCAUGCUGAUGUUACAGAGGUUCUGGAAGCCCUGACUACACUGUCAGCCCUCCCCCUGGACCUGACGUCCCUCUCGGUGGAGGGGUCCAAGCUUGGUCUGCACGUGUACCCCCUCUCCUUCCUCGUCACCAACAGACAGUUCAGUCAGAAGCUUCAGGAUCCGCUCUCUGUAGAGCACGAGAAUCUCUCCAGGGACCUUGAGGAUGCGGUGGCGAGAGCCCUGAGGGAUUACCCAACCUUCUUGAAAGCGUUGAUAAAAGAAUUCAUGCCUGGCUCCUUGAUCUGCCAUGGGAACAUGAUAUUCCAUCACCCUGCUCCAACCAGCAUGGAAGUUUUGAAGACACUUGUGCACUCGGUUGGGCCAAACCAGGCUUUGGCUGACUCUGACAUCCAUGUGGAUCCAUACUCUCUUUCUGUGGGAGAGGACACCCUGGAGCCUCCCUCGCCCCAGCCGGGCUUCCCAGCCUAUGGAGUGGCCAUCAUGGUCAUAGGUGGCCUCUGCAUCAUCACUGCGCCCAUCGUGCUCGUGUGCCUGGGGACCAAGAGGCUGGGCUGGCAGAAUGGAAGAGCCCUUUGGGACAGAAGAGACCCUGAAGCAGGGAUCCAGACCCUGGAAAUGGAUAACCAGGGGUUCUGGACAGAGGACCCUGAGGAUGGUCACAUGCAGUGGCAAAGCACUUCUGCCUGAGGAGACAAGCAGCAGCUGGGGGGAGCUUGGAGAGGGGCUGUAAGGGGGAAGGAGAUGCUGAGAAGCUUUCCCACAUCAUGUAGCAGCAGCUGCCAGGUGCUCCCUGAGCAGAAUGCAGACUCAGGUGUGUAAAG